GGUGUUCAGAGCCAGCGCCGAGCAGGAGCAGCCGCGGAAAAGCUGCUGGGCUCCGCUGGGACCGCCGUGCCUGCUUCUCGCCUCGGCCGCCGCAGCCUCAAGCCGUCGCCGCCGCCGGGGGAGCGGCCGCCUAUUGUCUUUCUCCGCGACGAAGCUGCGGAGCUGCUUGGACUCGGCCCGCGGGGGAGCCCCGGGCGCCACACGUGUCCUGGGUCAUGAAACUUAAUCCACAACAAGCUCCAUUAUAUGGCGAUUGUGUGGUUACUAUCCUGCUCGCGGAAGAGGACAAAGUUGAAGAUGAUGUAGUGUUUUACUUGGUAUUUUCGGGUUCCACCCUCCAUCACUGCGCAAGUACCCGGAAGGUCAGUUCCAACAAGCUGGAGACCAUCGCUCCUGGUCACGACUGCUGCGAGACAGUGAAGGUACAGCUCUGUGCGUCCAAAGAGGGCCUCCCCGUGUUCGUGGUGGCAGAAGAAGACUUUGAGUUCGUCCAGGAUGAGGCUUACAAUGCGGCCCAGUUCCUGGCAACCAGUGCUGGGAAUCAGCAGGCGCUGAACUUCACUCGCUUUCUGGAUCGCUCUGGACCCCCGUCUGCGGAUGUGAACGCCCUGGACGAGAAGGUGGCCCUGGCGUUCAGACACCUGAAGCUGCCGGCGGAGUGGAAUGUGUUGGGGACGGAGCAGACUUUGCACGAUGGUGGCCCCCGAGAGACGUUGAUGCAUUUUGCUGUGCGGCUGGGCCUGCUGAGGUUGGCGUGGUUCCUGUUGCAGAAGCCAGGUGGCCGCGGAGCUCUCAGCAUCCACAACCAGGAAGGAGCGACCCCUGUGAGCUUGGCCUUGGAGCGGGGUUACCACAAGCUGCACCAGCUUCUAACCGAGGAGAAUGCAGGAGAGCCAGACUCCUGGAGCAGUUUGUCCUACGAAAUACCUUAUGGAGACUGUUCUGUCAGGCACCACCGGGAGCUGGACAUCUACACAUUAACUUCGGAGUCCCAGGCACACGACGAACGCUCACUUCCUGCAGACACUUGCACUGGACAUAUUUGUAAACUCAUGAACAUCCAACAGCAGCUAAUGAAAACAAACCUCAAGCAGAUGGACCAUCUGAUGCCCUUAACGACGACAGCGCCAGGUACUGCAGGACUGCCCACUGCCCAGGAUACGGAUGGGCAGUGUCUUCCCUGCACACCAGUGUCCCCGGACGGCCAGCAGCUUUCUCCAACUCGGGCAGGUACCGGGAGCCCUCCAUGCUGCCCAGGGAGCACUGGGCAGGUUGGAAGCGCCUCUGACGUGUCCAGUGUGGGGAAAAAAGACAAUACGGGCUGUGCGUCGAGGGAAAAAAACCAAGGCGUGGAGAAAAGAGGGGAAGAGGCGGAGCCAGCACUGACUGUGGAUUCUGGAACAGCGUCUGAUGCCAGCAGCUGCCUUCAGAGCAUGUCUGAGUGUGGAGGACGGGGCACCGGAGGCCUUCCGUCCUGCAGAAUCGGAAAUGAAGAAACUGGAGCAAACCCUGCUGUGGUGGCCGCAGACCAGGCGGCUCCGAGCAGGGCAGACGCGGUCCUGCCAGGAGUCAUGGUCCUGGAGCCGGGCACGGCUCCGCGUUUGUCUGGAGGUGAUCUGGUAGUCGAUUCAGCAGUAGGUGCCAGUGUCCCAGAGACUGCAGGGGAGACAGAAUGCGGUCUCGUGAACCCCAGUGCUGCCACCCAGAAGGUUAUGGCUGAAGCAGGGGAAAGUACAAAGGAAAGGUUUGAGAACUCGCAUGUCGGCACCGCUGGAGCCUCUGCUGUGAAAGGCACAAGCAAGCCUGUGGAUAAAGCCAGUGUUCCCACCUGUGUCGCUGCCACCGGGUCCCUGGGGGGCAACCAACCUGCUGAGUCUUCACUUGCAUUUAGUAAUGGAGAAACCUCCAUUGAAAAAACUGCAGAGACUGAAACUUCACGAAGUUGUAAAGCGAGCACUGGUGCUGUCGUAGAUCAAAACCCUCUGGUCGUUCCAGCUGCUGCGAAAGACAAGAUUUCAGAUGGAUCUGAACCUGACGCUUCCUUAGCAAACACACGUGAGGCAGUGUCACCCUCUGAUGUAACCCUUUCCCGGCCACAAAACGAUGUUAUGCCAAGUCAGACAUCAGAGACGAAUUCAUCUCAUGUUCCAAGCCCAGACAGCAAAUCACCCAUCUGUCCUACAACUGGAGACCAGGGCCUUUGUGCUGCCUCUGCAUGGCUACAGGACACAGGGACUUCUAGUGGUGCGGUGGCUGCAGGACAUCAUGGUGACACAGCUACCCCGCCGGGAAGCACUGCCGCAGGACUGCCCAGCACACAACUUCCACCCACGGCCGUCUGCUCUGAAGGCCCACAGGCUCGCCCAGCCACCCCUGCCCCUGGAGGAGAAACCCAGGAAGAUGUGGGGUUUUGUCCUCUAGAAAUUCCAGAUAAAGAGGGCCAAGAAGGAGGUUUGAAAUUAGAAACAUCUUUGACAAAGAUGGUCGUGGUGGUUCCACCUCCACAUGCCACUGUCCCCAAAAGUGACAAAGAAGCAGUACCCGACCAGGCAGUGACAUCGGGCAGGACUUUCUCUCUGGCAGGCAGUCCAGGCAGUGAAUCAGUAACCAGGGAUGACGCACUUUCUCUUGUCCCCUCCCAGAGCAGAAAGGGAACAGCAACUCCUGAACCACAUACCACUAAAGAUUGUAGAGAUGGCCGAGAUUCGAAUGAUCCAGAGAACCAGCUGCUAGAAGCCGGGACAGCAGGCCGCACCUCCUCCCCUGCUCUGGAUCUCCAGCCCAGAAUGGGCAACAUUAGUCUCGUAGGAUUUGGUGGGGAGCAAGGGGAUCCCUGCCUCUCAGCAGCCCCUGAGGUUCAGAAUACUGAGGGGCCCUCUGACUCGUCCCUGCUGUUUAUGGGGAAGGCCCCUUUGGGCCCUGAUUCCAGUUUGACUGACGAAGGAAAAAAGCUGGUGGUUCUAGAAAGCUCUGCAGCUCCGGGACAAGAUGACAAGGUUAAAGCAGUGACUUGCUCCUCCAUUAAGGAUGACGGUGUUUCUUCAGGGACGUCGCGGGAAGAGCAGAGAGCAGCCCCUCCUGGGUAUGAGGCACCGGGCGUCUGCGGAGAGCCCAGCUCAGCUGCCUGUGCCGGGGACAAAGCGCUGGAAGCCGGUGCUGCACAGGGCACACCCUCCGCCUGUCUGAACGCAGAAACCAAACAUAACAAGGAAGUGGCCCCACCAGUGUCACUGCUGACUGAAGGUGGGGCUGCACAGAGCCUGGUGCCACCAGGAGCAGGUCUGGCUGCAGACGCGAGCCAGGAAGCCCUGGGUGCUGAGCCCAGCCGCUCACCUCUGCUGCCAGGUGGCUCUGAGGCUCUUACUUGCAAUGGAUCUUUGGCUCUGGAUGUGGGAGUGAAAAACACUCAGUCCCAGGGCAAGAGCCCUCCUUGUGAGGUGGGUGGAAAUGUGCUGAGGGACGUGCCUGGGGACGUGCCAGGGGUUGAUGCCAUGCAAGGAGCUGCUGGGGCCAGAAGAAAGGAUUUACCAUGCAACGCGCAAGGCCUCCCGACUCCAGAAGUGCCGUUGAGCCAGGAGAAGAACGUGAUCCGGAGUUUGCCAGGCGCUUUACCAGACACAGGUGUGACUGACCUCCAGCGCUCUGCACCCCCAGAGAUGGUGCCUCUCGGUUGGGAGAAAGCGAGGCUGGAGGGAGCCAACCGGAGCUCUAGCACGGGUGCCUGCCAACAGGCACGCGUGGAUGAGGACGCACGUCCCGUCGCGCUACAGCCCGUUGCCAGAGAGCUCCCCACAGACACGGGGUCCUCACCCAGGGAUGACAGGGCCCUGAGCAGUCCCCCUCUGCCUUGCACCUUGUCUGCCAAAGCGGAGCAUCAGCCCACGAGAGCUGAGUCGAUCGAGGAGGCUGCGAGUCGCAUCGUGGAUGCCGUCCUAGAACGUGUCAAGGCCUCCGGAGCCCUGUUUACAGAGGGGCCGGUCAGUCCCGUGUCACCGUCCAGUCCUUCAGACUUGGGCCCAGGGACUGAACAGCGGGAGAGUGUGUCUGUGCCUGGGGAGACCCCGCACGAGGGCAGGAUUGGGGAAGAAGCCCCUGGGAACCGUGCAGGACCUUCUGCUGGAAGGUUGGAGCCAGAGAAGAUUGUCCAGCCAGCCCAAGGACCAGAGGCGGUGACAGAAAUGCCAGACACAAAAGCUGCCGAUGAGGUGGAUUUUCUGAGGAAUACCGGGGAGAGUUCCGUUUCCGAGGAGGUGGCUGGAGGGGACAGGGCCACUACGCCCAAGAUGAUGAGACAAGGCCCGAAGACCGAGGCGAUAAACCGAGAAAGCUGGUGUGCAAUAGAGCCGUGCCCUGACGCCACUUCUCUCUUGGCUCCCACCCAGAGCCCAGAAUGUGAAAACUUCCUGGAUGUUGGACUGGGCGGAGAGUGUGCCUCCAAACAGGGUGUGCUUAAGAGAGAGUCUGGGAGUGAUUCUGACCUCUUUCACUCACCCAGUGAAGACGUGGACAGCGUUAUCUUCUCCAAGCCUGAGGAAGAGCAGUCAGUCUGCGAUGUCACUGGAUCCAGUUCUUCCACCGAUGACACAGCGUCCCUGGAUCGACAUUCUUCUCAUGGCAGCGAUGUGUCCCUCCCCCAGAUUUCAAAUCUGAACAGGUCCAGAGACCAGCAAUGUCUCAAUGGUUUCUACAGCCAUGGGGUGGGAGCUGAGGGUAGGGAGAGUGAGAGUGACCCCGCCGGCUCAGGGGACAUGGAAGAGGAGGAGAUGGACAGCAUCACCGAAGUACCUGCCAACUGCUCUGUCCUGAGGAGCUCCAUGCGCUCUCUGUCCCCUUUCCGGAGGCACAGCUGGGGGCCCGGGAAGAAUGCAGCCAGCGAUGGGGAAAUGAACCACCGGAGUUCAAUGCGAGUUCUUGGGGAUGUUGUCAGGAGACCUCCCAUUCAUAGGAGAAGUAUGAGCUGGUGUCCCUCUGGCGUGCAAUAUUCUGCUGCCCUGAGCGCUGACUUUAAUUACAGAAGUUUCAGUCUGGAAGGCUUGACAGGAGGAGCUGGUGUUGGAAACAAGCCAUCCUCAUCUCUAGAAGUAAACUCUGCAAACACCAAAGAGCUCAGGCACCCUUUCAGCGGUGAGGAACGGGGUGACUCUUUGGUGUCGCUUUCAGAAGAGGAUCUGGAAUCAGGCCAGAGAGAACAUAGGAUGUUUGGUCAACAGACGUGUCACAGAUCCAAACAACAGGGCUUUAAUUACUGUACAUCAGCCAUUUCUUCUCCGUUGACAAAGUCCGUCUCAUUAAUGACCAUCAGCCAUCCUGGGUUGGACAAUUCACGGCUUUUCCACAACACCAGUGCUAAUCUGACAGAGAGUAUAACAGAAGAGAACUAUAAUUUCCUGCCACAGAGCCCCUCCAAGAAAGAUUUUGAAGGGAAGAGUGGAACAAAAGUCAGUCGUACUUUCAGCUACAUCAAGAAUAAAAUGUCCAGCAGUAAGAAGAGCAAGGAAAAGGAAAAAGAGAAAGAGAAAGUGAAGGAGAAGGAGAAAGAUUCUAAAGAGAAGGAGAAGGACAAGAAGAUUCUCAAUGGCCACUCUUUCAGCUCCAUUCCUGUCGUGGGUCCCAUCAGCUGCAGCCAGUGUACGAAGGCCUUCACCACCAAAGAUGCCUACACUUGUGCAAAUUGCAGUGCUUUUGUCCACAAAGGCUGUAGAGAAAGUCUGGCCUCCUGUGCAAAGGUCAAAAUGAAGCAGCCCAAAGGGAGCCUUCAGGCACAUGACACAUCCUCCCUGCCCACGGUCAUUAUGAGAAACAAGUCCUCCCAGCCCAAGGAGCGCCCUCGAUCUGCAGUGCUCCUGGCUGAUGAAACCACUGCUGCCCCCAUGUUUGCUAACAGACGGUCGCAGCAGAGUGUCUCGCUCUCGAAAAGUGUCUCCAUACAGAACAUUGCUGGAGUUGGCAACGAUGAGAACCUAUCAAACACCUGGAAAUUCCUGUCACAUUCAACAGACUCACUCAAUAAAAUCGUCAAGGUCAAUGAGUCAGCAGAAUCACUUACGGAUGAGGGAGUAGGUACAGACAUGAAUGAAGGACAACUAAUGGGAGACUUUGAGAUUGAAUCCAAACAGCUAGAAGCAGAGUCCUGGAGUCGCAUAGUAGACAGCAAGUUUCUGAAACAGCAGAAGAAAGAUGUGAUCAAGCGGCAAGAAGUGAUCUAUGAGCUGAUGCAGACGGAGCUCCACCACGUCCGCACGCUCAAGAUCAUGAGCGACGUGUACAGCCGGGGGAUGAUGACGGACCUGCUCUUCGAGCAGCAGAUGGUGGAGAAGCUGUUCCCCUGUUUGGACGAGCUGAUCAGUAUCCAUAGCCAGUUCUUCCAGAGGAUCCUGGAGCGGAAGAAGGAGUCGCUGGUGGAUAAAAUUGAGAAGAACUUUCUUAUCAGGAGGAUUGGGGAUGUGCUUGUAAACCAGUUUUCAGGUGAGAACGCAGAACGCUUAAAGAAGACGUACGGCAAGUUUUGUGGGCAUCACAACCAGUCUGUGAAUUACUUCAAGGACCUCUAUACCAAGGAUAAACGUUUCCAGGCCUUUGUGAAGAAGAAGAUGAGCAGUUCGGUGGUGAGGAGGCUCGGCAUCCCGGAGUGCAUCUUGCUGGUAACGCAGCGGAUCACUAAAUACCCCGUUUUAUUCCAGAGGAUACUGCAGUGUACCAAAGACAAUGGCGCGGAGCAGGAUGACCUGGCGCAGUCCCUGAGUCUAGUGAAGGAUGUGAUCGGGGCUGUGGACAGCAAAGUGGCGAGUUACGAAAAGAAAGUGCGUCUCAACGAGAUUUACACCAAGACAGACAGCAAGUCGAUCAUGAGGAUGAAGAGCGGUCAGAUGUUUGCCAAGGAGGACCUGAAGCGGAAGAAGCUGGUGCGGGACGGGAGUGUGUUUUUGAAGAACGCAGCAGGCAGGUUGAAAGAGGUUCAAGCAGUUCUGCUUACUGACAUUUUAGUUUUCCUUCAAGAAAAAGACCAGAAAUACAUCUUUGCGUCAUUGGACCAGAAGUCAACAGUGAUCUCUCUAAAGAAGCUGAUUGUGAGGGAAGUGGCACACGAGGAGAAGGGCUUGUUCCUGAUCAGCAUGGGGAUGAAGGACCCGGAGAUGGUGGAAGUGCAUGCCGGCUCCCGAGAGGAGCGGGACAGCUGGAUGCGGGUCAUCCAGGACACGAUCAAUACCCUGAACAGAGAUGAAGAUGAAGGAAUUCCUAGUGAGAAUGAGGAAGAAAAGAAAAUGUUGGACACCAAAGCCCGGGAAUUAAAAGAGCAACUUCAGCAAAAGGACCUGCAGAUCCUCCUCCUGCUGGAAGAGAAGGAGAUGAUUUUCCGGGACAUGACCGAGUGCAGCACCCCCUUGCCAGAGGAGUGCUCCCCCACUCACAGCUCUAGAAUCCUCUUCCGCUCCAACACAGAAGAGGCUCUCAAAGGAGGACCUUUAAUGAGAAGUGCAAUAAAUGAGGUGGAGAUUCUUCAGAGUUUGGUGAGUGGAAGCCUGGGAGGCGCGCUUGGGCCGGCCGUGAGCAGCCCUGGGGAGCAAGAAGGCCCUGUGGGCCCCGUGUCCCUGCCCCGGAGGGCAGAGACCUUUGGCGGCUUCGACAGCCACCAGAUGAAUGCCUCCAAAGGAGGUGAUAAGGAAGAGGGAGAUGAUGGUCAGGAUCUUAGGAGAACAGAGUCAGACAGUGGUCUGAAAAAGGGUGGAAAUGCUAACCUGGCGUUUGUACUUAAAAGGAACAAUGAGCAGGUCGUCCAGAGCAUCGUUCAUCUCCACGAGCUGCUUAGCACGUUGCAGGGGGUGGUGUCACAGCAGGACAGCUACAUCGAGGACCAGAAGCUGCUGCUGACGGAGCGUGCGCUGACGCGGAGCUCGUCCCGCCCCAGCUCCCUCAUCGAGCAGGAGAAGCAGCGCAGCCUGGAGAAGCAGCGCCAGGACCUGGCCAACCUGCAGCGGCAGCAGGCGCAGCACCUGGAGGAGAAGCGCCGGCGGGAGCGCGAGUGGGAGGCCCGCGAGGGGGCGCUGCAGGAGCGCGAGGCCCGGCUGGCGCAGCGCGAGGCGGAGGUGCGCCGGGGGCAGCAGGACCUGGAGAGGGACCGGGACGAGCUCCAGCAGAAGAAGGGCGCCUACCAGUACGACCUGGAGAGGCUGCGCGCGGCCCAGAGGCAGCUGGAGCGCGAGCAGGAGCAGCUGAAACGGGAUGCGGAGCGGCUCAGCCAGCGGCAGAUGGAGCGUGACGCCUGCCAGGUGUCACAGCAACACACCAAGCUGCUGAGGAUCCCGACCUUCUUGCCCAACCCCGAGGAGGUCCCCCUGUCACCCGCACCUUUGAUAGCCAAAUCAGGGUCACUGGACUCAGAACUCUCAGUGUCCCCAAAAAGGAACAGCCUCUCUCGGACACAGAAAGAUAAGGGGCCUUUUCACAUACUGAGCUCCACCAGCCAGACCAGCAAAGUGCCAGAGGGGCCGAGCCAGAGCCCGGUGUCCACCCUCUCCUCCACACGCCUGUUUGGAUUAGCGAAACCAAAGGACAAGAAGGAGAAGAAGAAGAAGAGCAAAGGCGGCCGCGCUCAGCCCGGGGAUGGCCCUGUGUCAGAAGUGCCCACAGAGGGUGAAGAGAUCUUCUGCUGACCCCUUCCUCUGCUGGCCGUGUCAGCAGCCCCACUCCCUGCUCUUCCUGCGUGCCCACUCGCUCACACGGACACCCGUGCUCUCAAGCGUCCGCUCCUCCGCGCUGUCCCCGGUCCUGGGCCAGACGAACACGUGGUCCUGAGCGCCAGGGUGGGUAAGGAGGCCCCGGAUUUGUGACUGCUGGUGAAUUGCGGGUCGGGGCCGGCCCCACUGAGGGUGUCGCGCCGAAAGUGACGGCCCCCGAAGUCCAGGCGAUGGUUUUGGACAAGUCAGGAAUUCCUGAAACCUGAAUGUUUCCAAGUGAGGUAUGACACGCCGGCUGUCUUUAUUUGGGGAACACAACGAAAACUCAUGCAGCAGGUAGUUUGGACUUGAUGUGUGUACACAUACGGUCACCCGUCCGUGUGUCCACGUGGGCUAUGGCAGAAUUAUGCACGGUCUGUCCCAAAUGCCUGGUCAGCUGAGCUCGGCGCAGGAGGUACUGCCUGGUCCCGCUCAGGUGGCCUCACCCCUGCCCGCCCACACCUCACCCCUCUCCACCUACACCCCUCCCCGUCCAUACCUCACCCCUUUUUGCAUGUGUCUCUCGUUUCAUUGUAGAAGGGAUGACAAACAUUUGUGAAAACCAGUGAGAGAAGGUUUUAAAAAGCAUACGAUCUGCACCAUCUUGAUUUUGGGGUUUGAGUCACAUGCACACACACACAAGGUCUAAUUUCAUCGUUCAAUCCCAGAAGAAAUCCUAUGCUGGCUUUCUCAGGUGUUUGCCCACCAACUCUGGGCACAGAUGAAGUAGAGGCCUCCUCACCAUGACCUCUGCCGUGUGACACUUUUUGGUUGUCACUGACCAUUCAGAAGUGGCCACGGCCUCCUGGCAGUAUUCCUGAGACUUGGUGACGGCUGCCCAAGGGAAGCUGGGUCUGCCUGCCCUCCAUGUGGGAGCCAGGGGGCCCUGUCCGCCGCACCACCAGGGGCCACCUGCUUCCCCUGCAGUGAUGUUGUCCCCACCCCUAUACUCAGUGGGACAACUGGCCGAGAAGUAGGUUCAGGUGAAGGUGUUAAGCCCGUACAGUGGUUUCCGCCAGUACAGGCGACAGAAAAGGCAGGCCGGAAGGUGUGGCGUGGGAGGGUUCUCCUUCGGUCAGGAGGCGUUGGCAAAAUUUAAUUUCUAAAACAUUUUUUAAAACCUAACGGUCAAUUGGUUAUUCUCCUCUCCCCCUUGAAAAUGCCUCAAAUGCUGCCUGUGUUUUCUGUUCGUUUUUUCUCUCCUUUUUCCUGCUGUGUUUUGAUCUGCAUUUGCUCGCAGCUCGUCACCAGCUGGUGGAUGCAGGACGGUUCGUGAGAGCUGGGCCCCUCCGGCCCCCACACAGCUGCCACAGCGGUCGCUCCCUGUGAGGGGAGACCCUGGGAGAGUCUGCGCUUUACCUGUGGCCUCCGCUGCCUGCUUUUUGCCCCUCAGGAGCAUGGGUCUCUGGACAUACUUUUUAAAAAACAAAAAAAGCUGUAACUUGGUGCUCGUUGAUGAGUUGCAAGCUGGUCUUGCACAGGGAGAUAUUUAUCUUUCAGUUUAUUUGAAAGAGGUCUGGUUUAACAUUGUUAGCUUAGAUUUGUUUUAUUUAUUGUGUGUGUGUGUGUGUGUGUGUGUGUGUGAGAGAGAGAGAGAGAGAGAGAGAGAGAGAGAGAGAGAGAGAGAGAGAGAGAGAGAGAAGGGUAACACACCAGCCCCAAACGGUUUCAGCCAUCUGAUCACUGCAGAGUAAACAGCCAGCCGCUGCUCUGUGUUUGUCCAAGUGCCGUGAAGGCCCAAAAGAAGUUAAGUCUGGAGAAGGGGUCCUUUUCCUUCCUGCCUCCCACCCCAUGUCAUUCUUUGAUCGAGGGACGUCUUGCUUGAGAGUUAAGCAGCUCGCCACCUAUGAGCGAUAUAUGCCUGUUUUUAUCACGGAGAUUUCUUACCCUUCAGUACUAGACUUUAGGAACAAACUCAGCUGAUUUUCUCUUGAAACCAUGUGUCCCCCCUCCCUGACCCCCAAAAUCCCUAAACAGCAAAAAAGCUAAGAUGCUUCCUUUACCUGAUCCCCCAACAGCUCCGUCUGGUUCUCAGAACUGUGUGGAGUUCAGCUGUCUGUCCUUGUCACUUGCUCGAGUUACCCCGACACUUGACGUCCCCCAGAGAAGCACUCUGCCAGAAAGGAGGGCCCUGGCAAAUGCAGACAGACCCACGUCCUUCCUCACUGGGUCCAUGGGAGCCAGGCCGCUCUGUGCUUGCAGCAGGAAGGGCUUCGUGCCAAUGAGAUUUUCUGUCACGUACGCUCUUCACAGAAGUGCCGUGGACACUGAGUUCUGGGCUUGGCUGCACAGCUUGAUUUCAGUUUCAAACUGUCUUUUACUCCCAGCUUCCUGUAAUGUUGAAGCUGAUUUGGUGGUCUUGGUGGCAGUUUCUGAAAAUGGGGAUUCCACCCCCACCCCCACCCACUUAGGUUUGGUCAGGUUGUGGUUGGACAAGUUUAGAAUCAGAAUCAGAAGGUAGGCUCCUGCUUUGCUCAGACCGCCCACCUUCACCGAGAACGUGGUCCGCAGCACGAGAACCACUUCCCAGGUCCGCGCUUCUCCACGCCGCGGCUUCUCUCCCCUUUGCAGUUGAACUCAGGGGUCACUGCUGUGCUUCGGGCGCUUCCUGGGUUGUUCCCGCUGUGCUUGGGACUUUGACGGCUGCCCUGCCUCUGAGUCUAAGCCCUGUUGGUGUCUGUCCGGUGAGAAGGGGCCGUCUUCUAGGGUGGCUCAGAUUCAAUUCCCCGUGGUGUCCCCUCCCUAGGAAGCCAUGCUUCUCCAUCAAACCCAAGAAAUCCGAUGCCCAGCAUUGUGUUUUAAGUUUUGGGGGGACAGAUGGAGACACCAUCCAGAAUCCCCAGGUUUCCAGAAUCUAAUGAGUUUUCUGGAAGGAGGCUGUAUCUUCUCUCAAUUAUAUCAUCUCAGCAGUUGUCAUCCUAAUUGGGUGGCAUGUGCACUUUACAUGCUGUCAUCAGCUGGCUUCAUUUUUAUGACAAUCAACUGUGUUACCUGUUUCCUUUUUUGAAAAUGGAGAGGGUUACAAAACAUGCGCGUUGCCCUCAGGCAAUGUUGCCCCCGCCGACAUUCCGUCCUCUACCCCAGUGAGAGCUGUGGGCAAAUCCAGAGAAAAAUGUUUCAUUUUCUGAGAAGGUACGAAUCUUACCUUUUUUCCUCUUACGUCUCAGGGGAAUACCACUGAAAGUUGUCCUUUUGCUCCCUUUGUUACCUUCCCAAGCCCCUGGCCCUACCAGUAGUGACGCACAAAUCUUGUAGACCCUCGGGGUUUGUUGGACCGUUAUUGGUGGGGGGAGACAUAGUGCGGAGGGAUUUCAGAAAAUAGGCUUCACCUUAAAUCCAAGGUAGAACCAUAUCCAUGACCUUAGGGCCAGAACCUGACCCGGAAAUUGCUGUUUACAGAAGUACUUGAUAUUCCUUCCUUUUGUCUCCAGGGUUCCUUUUCUAAAGCCUGUUCUUUCUCCCCAAGGACUUUGGCAUUGGCGGGCAGUUUACUCCGGUGUUGACGGGUGGCCACUUGUGCCCAGAGGACAGCCAAGCCCGGGAGGGGUUAGAGAGACAGUCCUGGCGAGUGGGCUCCAGUGGCCAUAACGAGGGUGGCUUGGAAGGGACACUACCCAAGGGCAUCCACCCCCCGUGCUUGGACUCCUUGGAAUGUGGAACCCAGAAAUAAGCCCGUAGAUUAACCUGUGCAGGGGCGAGAGGUGUGUGGCUUGCCUUCCUUCAGGAGUGUUGUGACAACAUGACUGGGGUCGGUCCCAGCCCAGCGCUUGCUCUAAUUGACCCCCACCCCCCAUGAGACAAGGAAAGGGGCAGUGUUUGUUUCAGUUUGGUUCUUCCUUUUUCUUUCAAUGCAGCAUAACAUUCUCAGUUAAGCAGAGCUUUGGAAUCUGCUCCCUGCUGGCCAGGUGUGAAAAUGAAAAGCAAUUUUAAUGCUACCAUAAAGGGGAAAAAAGGGGCGCGUGGGAGACAAAACAAGGACUUCUUUCCAUAUCCUGAUCUGAUUGAAGUUGUGAAACGAUGGACAGGCCUUGAAUUAUUUCUCCAUCUUGCUAAGGUAUAAAGAUGUGCAGACCCAAAUGGUUCAACUCUCCUGCCCAGGCCCGGCUGACCUGCUUCAGACACCCGGUCUGAGCCCUGCAGGGGUGGGGGCUCACUGCCUCUGUGCACCCCAGGUUUUCACCCUGCUUGAACUCCUCCACCUUUUGCUGCCGCCUGGCAGGGUGGGUAAUGGGAGCUCACUGACGGGACUCGCCCUGUGGUCACGGUUCAGCCUGUGGUUUCCUGUGUGUCACUUACCCCGUGGGGGAGGGGCGCGGGGAGCCGCAGGACGCACAGGAGGUGAUUCCGUACCUCAUACCUCUGCUUUCCUUCGUUGUUUCAAACGCUGUAUGAAUAUUUCUGUGCUAAAUCCUAUUAAAUAAAAAGGGGUUAAACCCCAGAUGCUGUAUAUUGAUUUGUAAUUAUGUAUAAAGUAAAGCAGUUUCGAACUGUAAAGAUUCUUUUCAGUGUGUUUUCUGGAAUUUUCCCACAACAUACUGGCUUUGUAUUUUAUUUAUCUUCCUGUCUAGUUACUAGCUCUGGACUCUUGUAAAGUCCCCCUCGACCCUUUCAAAAAGAAUAAAUGUCCUUUACAUCUUGA